AUGUUGAAAGUGCUCGCAAUUGGAUGUGCGGUGAUGUUGGUCCAGGCUGAAAACGCCUUGACUGCGGAUGACGAGUGCCAGGGUGUCAGCGAAUGCGCUGUGAGUGCACUCCAGCUUCGUGCGAAUGAAGGGAAUGAAUUUUCAGCGGCCUCGAACGAGACCGCGGCACUGGCGAGCGAACUGAACCAAACGGGGAGGUUGUGGAGGUUGUAUCAUGUCACCAGCCCAUCCAUUGGGCCCAAAAUUUUACGGGAAGGCUUUCGAUCAGGUCAUGCUGGUUGGUGUGGAGGGGCAAUCUAUUUCGGCAACACUGCGCAGGAAACCAAAUGGAAAGCUGUCGGCCAAGAGUCGCACCAAGGAUUUUUGAUCGAAGCAAUGGUAGACCCAGGGCAUGUAAAGAAAAUGCCUUGGAAUUGUUACACCAGCACCCGGUGCAUCGAAACACAUCCGGGUUUGCAGGGCCACGUCAGCUGCCUGUCGCGACACUACUAUGGCAACUCCCUUCACUCGGAGGGCUACGAUUCUAUCGUUUUCAAUCCGGGCGAUGGAAACGAAGUUGUCAUUUGGGACAAGCACAGGGUGAAAUCAAUGCGCCACAUCCGAAUGCCGUGA